UCGCUAUUGGUUAAUCCGCGGUGGUCAGUUCAGCCGUUUGCUUUCGGGGUGAUCUCGUUGACUGGGGCUGCAUUGGUUGUUUCCAGACCUCCCCUCCCCAAACCCCUGCCGAGCUGCUCCGCCCUCCUGAUAAAACCGGCUCCCGCCCCUUGCUCACAGCAUGGCAGAGUGCGACUCCACAGUCAAACGGCAGAAGAUGGCGUCGGUGUUGGAACAGUUGAAGGAGUUCACGGUGGUGGUGGCGGACACCGGGGACUUCAACGCUAUUGAUGCAUAUAAACCGCAGGAUGCCACAACCAACCCAUCACUCAUACUUGCUGCUGCUCAGAUGCCAGCCUAUGAAAAGUUACUGGAUGAUGCCAUUGAAUAUGGAAAGAGCCUUGGCGGAUCUGAGACUGAACAAAUGUCCAAUGUCAUAGACAAGCUGUUUAUUAACUUUGGGGUGGAAAUUUUGAAGAAAAUUCCUGGCAGAGUUUCUACUGAAGUUGAUGCAAGGUUGUCAUUUGACAAAGAAGCUAUGGUGAAAAAGGCCCAACACCUAAUUCAGAUGUAUAAAGAAGCAGGAAUCAACAAGGACCGUAUUCUCAUCAAACUUGCUUCCACAUGGGAAGGUAUCCAGGCUGGGAAGAUCCUUGAAGAACAGUGUGGCAUCCACUGCAACAUGACUCUGCUUUUCUCAUUUGCUCAGGCCGUUGCCUGUGCAGAGGCUGGGGCAACACUGAUUUCCCCAUUUGUGGGUCGCAUUCUGGACUGGCAUGUAGCCAACACAGAUAAGAAAAGCUUCGAACCUUCAGCGGACCCAGGUGUACAGAGUGUAACAAAGAUCUACAACUAUUACAAGAAGUUUGGGUAUAAGACUAUUGUCAUGGGAGCAUCUUUCCGUAACACUGGUGAAAUCAAGGCAUUGGCUGGCUGUGACUAUCUCACAAUAUCUCCAAAACUGCUGGAAGAACUUAGCAAGGACGUUGAGAAGCUAACAGCUGCUUUGAGUGUUAACAAAGCCCAAGCUCUUGACCUACAAAAAGUUGAAAUGAAUGAACAGACCUUUCGUUGGUGUCACAAUGAAGACCAGAUGGCUGUGGAAAAACUGUCUGAUGGGAUCCGCAAGUUUUCAGCUGAUGCUGUUAAACUAGAAAACAUGCUAAAGGAACGGCUUUUAACUGUCAAGAAUGGAUGCUAGGCGCCUCAACUUGCAUAUUUGCACAGUUUGAAUCAAGUGGUUUAAUUUUCACUUUGACCAACCAUGUAAAAAGGUACACCAUAUGUUGUAUCAUUGGUGUAUCCAUUAUUGAGCAGCACUUAAUGUUGGCUUAUGCAGUCUGGUGCAACUCUUCUUAAUAAAUGCAUAAACCUA